AUGCCGCGCUCCUUCCUCGUGAAGACGCACUCCAGCCACAGGGUCCCCAACUACGGGCAGCUGGAGACGCAGAGAGAUGCCAGUGGUGCCUGUUCGGCCUGCGGGGGGCUGGUGGUGCCCUUCGUGCUCCCAGACAAGGCAGCCCCGCCCACAUCUGGCGACCCUCCCCGGCCCUGGGACUUCACCUCUGUCGUCGCCCACGUCUCCCUGCCCCUCCCCACGUUCCUGUGUAAUGAGGAAGCUGGCAGGGCCUCAGGGCCAGGCCCCCUGGAAGUCAGCCUGGAGGACCAUCGGGCUGGCCGGGCCCCCAGCGCACCUCUCAGAGACAGCGUGAACCACCUCAACCUGCCCCCACUGCUGGCUCUGCCCACGCGCUGGCCCUCGAUCCUGAACGCAGACGGGGCCCAGGUUCCGGGCUGCUGCCUGCCGGGGGCCGAGCGGGCCCCCCACACCCCGGGGGGCUUCCCUUGCCAUAAGUCCUUCCAUGCACCGGCCGCCCUGGCCGGGCAUCAGCAGCUGCACUGCCACCUGCAGGCCCAGCGCUGCUUCACCUGCAAGUUCUGCGACAAGGAGUACGGCAGCCUGGGCGCCCUCAAGAUGCACAUCCGCACGCACACGCUGCCCUGCCUCUGCGCCGUCUGCGGCAAGGCCUUCUCCAGGCCCUGGCUGCUCCAGGGCCACCUCCGGACCCACACAGGUGAGAAGCCCUACACCUGCCCUCACUGCAGCAGGGCCUUCGCCGACCGCUCCAACCUGCGGGCCCACCUGCAGACACACUCAGACACCAAGAAGUAUCGGUGUAAGCGCUGCGCCAAGACCUUCUCCCGCAUGGCGCUCCUGGCACGGCACGAGGAAGCUGGCUGCUGUGCGCCCUGA